AUGAGUAUACUGAGUUGGAAUUGUCGAGGCUUGGGACGGUCUCAAGACUUGAUGAUUCCCCAUCUCAAGGAGAUACGUAAAAAAUAUCUUCCUGAGAUAAUGUUUUUGAUGGAGACAAAGCAACAGAAGGAUAAGGUGUUGGAUUUACAAGUUUGGUUGGGUUACGAUAGAGUUUUUACAGUGGAACCGGAAGGUUUGAGUGGUGGUUUAGCACUGAUGUGGUCAAAUAAGGUGAAUAUGUGUAUUCAUUAUGCAGAUAAGAACCUUAUAGAUGUGGAAGUUACUUUUGGAGGGGUGAGGUUCUUUAUGUCCUUUGUGUACGGGGUGCCGGGUCAUAGUGGAAAAGAGAUUGUCUGGGAAAGACUUAUGAGAUAUGGGGUGUCUAGGAAUGCUGGUUGGAGUUGGGUUGGUGAUUUCAAUGAGAUACUACACAAUGGCGAAAAGAUAGGGGGGCCGAGCAGGAGUGAUGGAUCUUUUGACAGCUUUAGAGACUGUGUUAGUGUGUGUGGGAUGACGGAGCUCAGUGGAUGGGGUGAUAGCUUUACCUGGUCAGGAGUGCGGUGCAAGAAAUACAUUCAAAGCAAGCUUGAUAGAUGUUUUGGGAACACGGAGUGGAAACGUAAUUUCCCCCUUGCGACCCAAGUUUUUUUGGAAAGACUGGGGUCUGAUCAUAAACCGGUCUUGGUUCGCCUGUUUGGACACCAGUCAGGGCCCAGAGGGUCUUUCAAGUUUGAUAAGAGGAUGGUUGGGAAGCAGAAAGUACGUGAAUGCAUUAUGGAGGCAUGGAAAAGGCAGAAUGGGAAUGACCAAAGAUCCUUGUCUGAACGGUUUGGUUGUGUGCGUAGGAGCUUGGGUAGAUGGAAAAGGGAAUGCAGUAACAACUCGAAGGAAAGACUGUGUGGACUACGAUAUGAUCUAGAGGCUGAGUACUCAUCUGGAGUUCCUGAUUGGGGGAAAAUAAAAUUUCUCAAGUUGGAAAUCUCUCAGGCCUUUAGAGAUGAAGAAGAGUUUUGGCGCCAAAAGAGUAGAGAUAAAUGGCUAGUGGCUGGAGACAACAACACCAGUUUUUUUCAUGCUUCAGUCAAAGAUACGAGACUGAGGAACCAAAUCUCAAAACUAAUUGAUGAUUCAGGACAAGAAGCCACAAACACUGAGGCGAUGGGUCAAGUUGCGGUGGAGUAUUUUACCUCUCUGUUCUCCUCAGGUGCGGGGGGAGAUCCUUCAGACAUUUUUGAUGGCUUUCCAGCAAGGGUAACUGCAGAGAUGAACCGGACAUUGUUAAGAGAGGUCUCUGACGCGGAGAUACGGGACGCCGUUUUUGGUAUUAAAUCUUCAAGUGCACCUGGAUGGGAUGGUCUUAAUGGUUUGUUCUUCCAGAAGUAUUGGGACAUCAUUGGCCUAGAUAUCGGCAAAGAGAUAAAGACUUUUUUCUCAGAUGGUUCUUUCCCGCGCGAUUGGAAUGUCACACAACUAUGUCUGAUCCCUAAGGUGAUAAACCCUGAAAGAAUGGUAGAUUUAAGGCCGAUUAGCCUUUGUACAAUCAUGUACAAAAUCAUUUCGAGGAUCUUAGUCUCAAGACUGAAGCCUAUGCUGGAAACGGUGGUGUCGCCCACACAAUCCGCUUUUGUCCCUGAACGACUGAUAUCUGAUAAUAUUAUCAUAGCGCAUGAAGUGGUCCAUGGAUUGCGUACUCAUCAAGCUAUCUCAUCAGAGUUCAUAGCGAUCAAAACGGAUAUGUCAAAAGCUUACGACCGUAUAGAGUGGAGGUACCUGGAAAACCUUUUGACUGCCUUGGGUUUCGAUAAGAAGUUUGUUGACUGGAUAAUGUUCUGCGUUACUUCUGUCACUUACUCGGUGCUGAUUAACGGUGAGGAGAAAGGAAACAUAAAUCCAAAGAGAGGUUUGAGACAGGGAGACCCUCUGUCACCCUUUCUGUUUGACUUGUGUACUGAAGGUCUAUCCUAUCUACUGAACAAAGCAGAGAGCAUGGGUGAGAUUGAAGGGAUAAAAUUCUCUGCGGAAGGGCCGGUGAUACAUCAUCUGUUUUUUGCUGAUGACUCGUUUCUAAUGGUGAAAGCCUCAGACGAGCAAUGUACAAAGCUUCGGAGCAUUCUGAAGGUGUAUGAGGAGAAUUCAGGUCAGAUGAUCAGCCUUACAAAAUCAUCUAUAACUUUUGGUGCGAAGAUUGCGCCAUCACGGAAGGUCAAAAUAAAAGAAAUUCUUGGUAUUGAGGCUGAAGGUGGGACAGGGAAGUAUCUGGGUCUACCGGAAUGUUUCAGUGGAUCCAAAGUGGAGAUGCUGCAGUACAUCCAGGAGAAGAUGAAGUCACGGUUUCAUGGGUGGUAUGGUCGGUUUCUCUCAGCUGGGGGGAAAGAUAUCCUGUUAAAAACUGUGGCUAUGGCAAUGCCAGUGUUCGCAAUGUCGGUUUUCAAACUGCCAAAAACUACAUGUAAGAAUCUCACGAGUGCGAUGUCGAAGUUCUGGUGGGAUGUGCAAGAAGGCAAAUCUAAGAUUCAUUGGAUCAGCUGGGAAAAAUUAUGUCUGGGAAAGAACCAAGGUGGAAUGGGUUUUAGGGAUAUAGAGAAGUUUAAUCAAGCCUUACUUGCAAAGCAAGGAUGGCGUUUAUUGAUGGACUCUGAAUCUCUCUGCGCACGGUUCCUUCGCAGUAGAUAUUACCCAAAUGGAAAGUUCAUGGAGGCAUCAUUGGGAGCGCGGCCGUCGUAUGCAUGGAGGAGCAUUUUGUUUGGCCGACAGUUGUUGGAGAAAGGUCUACGAAGAACAAUUGGCUCUGGUGAGGAUACAUCUGUUUGGUGGGAUAAGUGGCUUUUCAGUGAGUCUCCUAUGGCCCCCCUACGUAAACCAAUCUUCUUUGAGGUGGAUUUAAGAGUUUCUGAGCUUAUUAAUCCACAAACAAAGUCUUGGGAUAGGGGAAAACUGGAGGACAAUUUCUUUCCACCGGACGUUGAAAGGAUUUUAAAACAGAGACCGGUAUGGGGAGAGAAAGAUAGUUAUGAGUGGGUACAUACUCAUUGGGGUGGCUACACUGUGAAAUCGGGAUACUGGUUAGCUUCAUGUCUAGACAGUUCGGAGACACGAAGGGAAUGUUUAGCUCAACCAUCGAUUCAUGGUCUUUUGGAAAAAGUCUGGAAAGUGAAAACUGUUCCAAAGAUCAGGGUUUUUAUGUGGAAAGCCCUUUCGAAUGCUCUUUCGGUGAAUGAUGGCUUGCUGGCUCGAGGUUUAAAGAUAGAUCCACGGUGUCAGAGAUGUGGGAUGGAGGGAGAGUCUAUUAAUCAUGUGCUGUUCACUUGUCCGGCUGCUCGUUUAGUGUGGGCUCAGUCAAACUUUCCUUUCCCGCGACGAGGUUUCGAGAACAUGACUCUGUUUGAAAAUUUCAACUAUUUACUUUUCCUGCCAAGAUAUCUCCAAGUUCCAGAUGAGAUUGGUCGCAUGUUCCCGUGGAUUUUGUGGACUAUUUGGAAAAACAGGAAUCUAUUCUUAUUUGAGGGGAAGGAGUUUACGGCAGAGGAUACGAUGGCAAAGGUCUUUGAGGAUUCUGGGCACUGGUUUGCAGCUCAGAGAUGUCUAGAGGAAGAAGAUGAAGCUGAAAACAGAGCGUCUCGUGCUAGAGAUAAGUGGGAGGGGCCAAGCUCAGGUUUCCUAAAAUGUAACGUGGGUCUGCAGUGGUCAAAAAGGGAAAAGGCUCUUGGAGCAGCGUGGGUCUUAAGAAACGAAGGAGGAGAAACUCUCUUACAUAGUAGAAGGGCUUUUGCAAAAGUUGAUUCUUUAGUGGAGGGAAACUUUUUAGCUCUGGCAUGGACGAUUGAAUCAAUGCAAAGCCAUCAUGUGACAAGGGUUAUUUUUGAAGUGGAUUUUGCAGAGUUGGCUGGUGCGGUAACAAAGCCAAAAGCUUGGCCAGCUUUCAGAUAUCAAGGAACUGAGCUGAAGAAAGUUCUGGUUAAUUUUCAGGAGUGGGCUAUUGUGGUUGUUUCGUCGAGAGCUAAUAGAUGUGCUCAAGCGAUCGCAAAGAGUGUGACAAGGGAGAAGAGGCUCCAAUCCUAUGUGGCGAUGGGUAUACCCCUAUGGUUGAAGGAACUUUUUGACUCUGAUUUGCAACGGAUGGGUUGA